AAUAAAUAAAAACGCGUAAAGCAAUAUUUUGAGCCUCCUCUUUCUUCAACUUCACCAAACUCCAUCGCUUCUCCUCAAACACCCUUCUCUUCUUCUCCGUCAACGAAAUCCCAAUUCUACCCCUUCCCUCUUCUCCAAUUCCCCACCUCAACCACCACAAUCAUGUACAGCAACGUAAUCAUCCACUGUUCCAGCUGCCACACGCCUCUCCAGGUCCCACCCGGCGCCGGAUCAAUCCGCUGCGCACUCUGCCAAGCUGUCACUCCCGUCACCGACCCACGCGCCAUCCCUCCUCAACCCUAUUCGUCUCCUCACGCUCCACCUCCUCCUUCCCCUUACAGCCAAGCGCCGCCCGGUCCUCCCCCGAACCCUCACGGCCGUAAAAAGGCCGUGAUCGUCGGAAUCUCGUAUAAAUUCUCGCGGCAUGAACUUAAGGGAUGCAUCAAUGACGCUAAGUGCAUGCGGUAUCUUCUCAUCAAUAAGUAUAGUUUUCCGGAAUCUUCCAUCAUUAUGCUUACUGAAGAAGAAGACCCUCAUGGUCCCAAAUUUCCAUCCAAGCACAACAUCAGGAUGGCAAUGUUUUGGCUCACACAAGGAUGUCAACCUGGAGACUCCCUGGUUUUUCAUUAUUCUGGUCAUGGAUCGCAGCAAAGGAACUAUAAUGGUGAAGAAGCUGAUGGUUUUGAUGAAACUAUUUGUCCUUUGGAUUUUGAAACACAGGGUAUGAUAGUAGAUGACGAGAUCAAUGCAACGCUCGUAAGGCCUCUUACUCACGGGGUUAGGCUGCAUGCACUAAUUGAUGCCUGCCAUAGUGGCACAGUUAUGGAUUUGCCAUUUCUUUGCAGAAUGAACAGCCGUGGACAGUAUGUAUGGGAGGAUCAUCGCCCUAGGUCAGGUGUAUGGAAGGGAUCAAGUGGUGGAGAAGUUAUAAGUUUUAGUGGAUGCGAUGACCACCAAACUUCUGCUGAUACUUCUGCACUAUCCAAAAUUACAUCAACUGGAGCCAUGACGUUUUGCUUCAUCCAAGCAAUAGAGCGCUCUGGUCCAGGUGCCACAUAUGGCACCAUUCUUACUGCAAUGCGCACUGCCAUUAAAAAUGCUGGCAGCGGAGGUAGUGGGGGCGGUGAUGUGGUAACAUCUCUUAUUUCCAUGCUUUUGACUGGAGGUAGUCUUACUGCUGGUGGGCUGAGACAGGAACCACAGUUAACAGCUGGGGAAGCAUUCGAUGUUUAUAGAAAACCUUUCUCGUUAUAAUGCUCGAAAUUGUUUGUUAUGCAAUUUGUUUUCCUUGGCGUUGGCCCUGUACAUGAAUUGUAUUGAUUAGUAUGACAGGUUAAUUUAUAAUAAAGUAGGCGGGGUUCUUUAUUCGAUUUUUCUGUCAAUGUCAUGUUCGGUUGAACUUAUGUCUGAAUUUGAGAAUGCAUUUGCUCGUACUAAUGAGUAGUUGUUGGUA